UUUGGUGUGUUUGCUAAUAGAUAACACGGGAAACGGUGCAAUGGUGGGUGGCGUGCUUGCUGUUUUACUGGCUUUUUAUGAAGUAAUUUGUGCACGUUUGUAGCGGGAUACCACAUCACUUCAUUUAACUAUGGCUGGCUUCGUUUUGUGUGUCGGAAACGGCACUAGUCGCUCCGCUGCGAGACUAUUUGCGUCUUCAAGUAAAAGUGGUCGCGGAACCCUAAACCUGGCUUUUUAUAGCGAACGUUCGUCAAGUAGGGUUUUCUCUCAGGUUGGAGCGGGAUUGUAUUGCAGAGCUACAGGUGUGAGAUUUGCAUCUCGCCUCGCCGGGAGACAGACCGCGGAUGCGUUUUUCAGAAAUAAAACUUUGGUGGCAGCUGGAGCCGCGGUAGUGGCUGGGGUCAUGGCCGGUUUCUGUCAUUUUCAGAAGGCUGAAAUGGCAUCCAGGGUUAUUAAAGACGUAGAGGGGGAGAGGGAGAUUCUGGAGAAAUGCAAAGGGUUCAUGUCCGCGCCGGUGACGGAUGUUGAGAUUCUACAGCAGAGGAAAGGGGACAUGUCCACCCGGAUGGAAAUGCUGAUCAUGGAGACCCAGGCUGCGUUCUGCCGAGCGCUCGAGGAGGUGGACGGCGCCAAGUUCAAAGUGGACCGGUGGCAGCGAAAGGAAGGGGGAGGAGGCAUUAGCUGUGUGCUGCAGGACGGGACGGUGUUUGAGAAGGCCGGCGUGAACGUGUCGGUGGUGUACGGGAACCUCACCGAGGAGGCGGCCAAGCAGAUGCGCAGCCGCGGGAAGGUGCUGAAGGGGAAGGAUGGGAAGCUGCCAUUCCGUGCCAUGGGCGUGAGCUCGGUCAUCCACCCCCACAACCCCCACAUUCCCACGGUGCACUUCAACUACCGAUACUUUGAGAUUGAGGAAGAAGACGGGUCCAAGCAGUGGUGGUUUGGCGGGGGAACAGAUCUGACGCCUGUGUACAUCGACCAGGACGAUGCCGUACACUUCCACGGUACCCUGAAGGAGGCCUGCGACAAGCACAAAGCGCAGUACUACCCCGACUUCAAGAAGUGGUGUGACAGGUACUUCUACGUCCGUCACCGGGGUGAGACGCGCGGCAUCGGAGGGAUUUUCUUCGACGACCUGGAUCAGCCCACGCUGGAAGAGGCCUUCAGCUUCGUGAGGAGCUGCGCCCAAACCGUGGUGCCCUGCUACCUCCCCAUCGUGCGCAGGCACCUGAAGGACUCCUUCAGCGCCGCCCAGAAAGACUGGCAGCAAGUCCGCCGCGGCAGGUAUGUGGAGUUUAACCUGGUCUACGACAGAGGGGUGAAGUUUGGGUUGGCCACGCCUGGGUCCAGGAUCGAGAGCAUCCUCAUGUCACUGCCUCUCACUGCCAGGUGGGAGUACAUGCACGAGCCCCCCAAAGGAUCCCCGGAGGCUGAGAUGCUCGAGGUUCUGCGUAACCCAAAAGACUGGGUCUGAUUAGGCCUCCUUCUGCUGACCUCGUUUCCAUGGCAUCCUUCUGCUCACCUCAUAUCCAUGGCAUCCUUCUGCUAACCUCAUAUCCAUGGCAUCCUUCUACUAACCUCAUAUCCAUGGUACCCACACCCUACUUUGCAUAUUUCUGAAUUAUGGACCCUUUCAGUAAUAAUAAUUUGCAGGUUUGAUCAGGCUCCUAAUCGCAUUGUGAUUGGCUAAGGCCUUUCUGACACUCGUCGUGCUCUUUGCUGUGCUCCUGUGCUUGUCAGAUCUUUGGUCUCGUUGGACUCUUUACCCCACUGUUGGGAAUGAGGAUGACCUCUGACAUUUGCAGCUUGCCUUUUUAAGUGCUCUUCUUGCCAAACUAACUUUUAUUACACAUAUAUUUUAACCUUAUGGAGUGAUGGGUGUUUUUCCCCAAAGCCUUUUAUUGUAUUGCUUGUCCUGUGGGUUGUACUUGCUUUCGCCUGUGGUUUCUCUCCUUGACAGUAGAGGGAGCUGUCUCAUUUUGGCAGCUUUGACAUGCACGCAUUUAGGUUUACAGGAGUAAAGGGAAAAUCUAUUGAAGAUUAAGAAUUUUGUAUUUCUCCUCAACUUUGAAUUCAGUGUUACUGUUCCCGCAAUAUCCCUUCCUUUUUAAAAUCCUGCCUCUUAACAUGCUGUUCUGGAAACGGCAAGUCUGUCUGCCUGUAAAACGUUCACUGAUGAUUUUAAUCUCUGGACGGCUCAUCUGUGCUCUGUGCUGAUCUCAGGUCAGUCUGAUGGUGUGGGAUCAGUCUGCGGCUUUGCCUUUAGUUGGGAUUUUCACCGUGAAAAAUGUUGGAAUGGCAAUAAAAUGUGAGGAAUGGUAUACAAUAAUACAAUAGUGUACAAAAAAAGUGUUUUGACUACUUUGGAGACUCAGUUGUUAAAUGUAUAAUUGAAGAAAUUAAGAACUUUUCCACUACUUUCUUAACAUUUUCAACCAUGUGUAAUGAAUAAGUAAUUAAAAGAUGCUUUUUAAUUUGUUGA